AUGAGACGGUGUGGUCUCUCGAGGCCGGCGGCGUGCUGCUGGUCCACGGCGACAACAAGGCCUAUGGAUCUGGAAACGGUGGCCAGGAGUUUGCGGGGCUCCGACAGGUGGCGCAUGGCCCCGCAGGACGGGUGCGCGCUGUUCGCUGGCUGCGGGCGUGGACCCAAUAUGGCCGAGCAGGCCAGGAAGGCGUGGACCGACGUGGAUACGAACGCCAUGCACGUCCCCAUGCUCAAGCAGAUCGACCCGGAGAUGGACUACUUCAACUGCCAGUUCGAACACCAUGAGGACGCGCAGGAUGGCGUCGCGCCCGGCGCGGGCCUCGGCGCCAGCGGAGAACUCGUGCUCCAGCACGGGCGGCCUCUGGAGUACACCGCGGCGCUGGGCCGGGAGGGCGGCGGCACCUUCUUCGACGGGCUCUGGGAGCAGGGAGACAAGAAGAAGCGGUGGUACAUCCGAGCGCGGAAGCAGGGCGGCGCCCGCGGAGGAGGCCCAGAGGCGAGCCGCGGCGCCGCCGUGGCGCCCGGCAUGACCUCCAGCAGUUUCGCGGCCGUUGCCGGGUGCGGGCGGCGCGGCGGUCUCCCAGGGGGGCGCCGAGGGGACCGCAGCUCGCGGCCGCAGAAAAGAGGCCCAUGCCAA